AUGACAUUACACACCUCACCAUCCGAAAGCCGUCUCCGACGUGCCAUCCACGCCGUUCCCUUCCUCCUAAUCACAGCCAUCAUGUCCCGCGCCUUCGCAAUGGCGAAGCCAAUCGGUCCUAUAAUCGAAGAAACUGUCAAAACUUCCAUCUUUACAGCGCAAGACGUUACCGUACCUAUUAUUAAAAAUUUCUACGGUGUACCUGUUUUAGAUGAUAUCUUCGCUGUGGUCACUGUUGCCUUUGCGCAUUUGCAGUUCUUUGCGGAUGAGGAGGCCUAUUGGCAGCUUUUGGUGUUCUUGACGGAUUUUGCAGGGAUGUAUGCUGUUGUGAUGAUCGAGGGCUAUAGACCGGGGAAUACGUUUCCUGUGAUCAAGUACCCUGUUGUGUUUCUGUUUCUAUCUCAGAUGUUUGGUAUAGGCUGUCUUGCGCCUUUCUUUUUCUUCCUGUUCUACAUUUUCACGCCUGCUUACAAACUUACAACACCGAGUCUGUAUCGCCCAGGCUUCGCACCUUGUAUGGCUAUUUUGCCUACGAUUGUGUCGGGAUAUUAUAUCACACACUUUCCAUCGUUCUUUCACUCUUCUCUUGAGGCGAGGAAUUGGUGGAAUUGGAUUUGGCAGCUGUUUCCUAUCUGGGGCUCCAUUAUCAUGCUUGUGCUAUCGAAGAUCAUUCCUGAGCCAAAGGAGCAGGCCCCAAGGACAUUAAAGCAAGAGAUUAAUGCCAUCCGACUCACGAUCGGUGUCGUCAGUGCUAUAAGCACGGCGACGUGGUGGUAUACCAUUCUCAACAUGGACUCUAGCAUCUUCGAAGUAUUCAUCCCGCAGCAUUUCCUCACCACGCCACAAGAGCCAAUCCUCGGACUUCGAACUGUCAUCCAAUUCGACUACAUCUGCUGUUACUCAGCUGGCUUUCUGUGGUUGGCGUAUCACUUCAAGGACCUUGAGAAUGUUGGGGUUUGCAGUAUUUCAUGGAUCCGAGCCGGCUGCGCUUCUGUUAUGUUAGGUUGUUUGCUUGGACCGGGAACAAUGUUUCCUCUCAUUUGGCUUUUGAGAGAGGAGCUAUUGGUCGCAACACAGGCUGAUGUGAAGAAAUCUGAAGAAUAG